GGCUUGCAGAAUCGAUGCGCUGUCAGAGAUGGGGAGGGUGGGAUGAUGGGGCGGCGACGACGAUGAGGCCAGACAGCCAGUUCCAACGAGCUCUAAUACGUCGCUUUGCAGCAGCGGGCGUACUUCCGGGCGUACUUCAGGGCGGCCCGGAACGCGGGAUGAGAAAGAAGGCUGAAUGGGUCGGGCCGCAAAACCUUUGACUCGCCCAGCUUCCAUCUCAUUCACCCUUCCUCAUCGUGGUUCUCCCUUCGGCUAUGGGCUGCUUUCGCCCUUCAACCAUACUCGAAACUCGGUUCGGCGCCUAGAAGUCACAAGCUUUCCUGUCUAUGCAAAGUGGGAAUGAUGCUAGAUGAUUGAAGAGGAAGUAAAGUGAUCUUACGUAUACUGCUGCAGCCUUGCAUAGCUAUGGAUGGAGGAAUGUUCAAGAAGAAGCUCACACGGCCCACAUUUCUACAAAGUCGUGAUACCUUUUCAUUUCCUCCCGCAUAUGAAAGCACCUUCGAAGAAUACGACGAAGAUGCUAGCAAACAAGAUGCUGGCCCUUCCGACCUCAAAACCCGGGAUUUCUUUCAAAACAAAGACCGUGGAGAAAGGAGUCACUCCGUCCCUGAGACCCGUCAAAUAUCUCAAAUAGUGACACCGCCACUGCCUCCAAUACAACAGGCUAGUGGAAGCUCCAAGAAGAGGCCCAAAGAUCCCAUAGGAUUGCACUCCGUGUCUUUACCUCGCAAUCCGGUCGUCGAUAUCAUCUUCCUCCAUGGGUUAGGUGGCUCUGCAUAUAGAUCGUGGUCAUGGGGGCAUGAUCUGAGAUAUUUCUGGCCGCAGUGGCUUUCAGUCGAGUCUGAACUGUCGAAUGCGCGAAUAUGGAGCUUUGGAUACGCCGCUGGCAUUGGAGGGUCUUCGAAUAUGAUGAAUGUUUUUGACUUUGCGAAAGACUUGCUCUUCAAGAUGAAAUACGAACAACAAAGCCCAUCUAUAGGAAGCGUCCCGAUUAUCUUCGUUACGCACUCAAUGGGAGGGCUCGUCGCGAAAAAGGCGUACAUAACGGGACAAAACGACAAAGGAUAUGUGGAUAUGAUUUCUCAGGUGAAAUCAAUUGUCUUCCUAUCCACGCCACAUCGAGGGGGCAAUGGAGCAGAACCACUAUCGCAGCUCCUGCAAGUGUUUAACAUGUCCAAGGAAUACAUCAGAGAACUCGCAUCUACCUCGCCUUUUCUCCAAAAUAUCAACGAUGAUUUCUCGAACAUGUGCCAAGAUCUCAAACUCUUUUCCUUCUACGAGACACUCAAAACAUCUGUCCUUACCGGGAAAUCAUCAUAUAUCGUCGAUAAAGACUCGGGCGUACUCAACCUUCAGAACGAGACGAGCAUUCCUAUGGUGGCCGACCAUCACACUAUAUGCAAAUUCGAAACUCGCGAUUGUCCUGGAUAUAAAGACAUUCGCAAUAUUCUGAGUAGUUUGAUCCCCCCAUGUAUCAACGAUAGCUUUCGAAGUCCAACAAUUGACGUUGCGACUGAGAUCAAGGAACUGGGCAGCGUACUGUCGAUCAGCGAAUCCGAAGUAGCCGAAACCGCCGAGCGAUAUAAGUCAAAACUGAAAGAUGGAACGUGUAGUUGGAUUAGACGUCGAAAAUGGUUUACGAACUGGCUAGAAUACGAGGAAGAUGGCCCUCAUAUCCUUUGGAUCUCAGGAGCGCCGGCAACUGGCAAGUCCAUUCUGGCAUCAUACAUCGCCGAUACCGUUCGCAGACAGUGGGGAGAGAACGUUUGCCAAUACCACAAUUUCGACUUCUCCGACAGACCAAAGCGCUCUGCCUCUUACCUUCUCCGAUCGGUAGCUUUUCAAAUUGCUCGAGCCUCAUCCCCGCUCCGAGCUAGCCUGGUUCGAUUAAGCGAGCAACUUGGAAUUCCUUUCGUGAAUAUGCCCUCUACCACACUGUGGGAAAAGCUCUUCUGCGGCUUACUUCUUGAUAUGACACUGGCUAAGACAUUAUACUGGGUUGUAGACGGCAUUGACGAAGCCGAACCGGGUGCUUUGCAAUCUAUUUUCCAAUGCUUGAAGAGUCUCGAUUCGACCACCAGAUUGAAGAUUCUUCUACUCAGCCGACCAACGACGGAUGUCACCAUGCGCAUAAAGCAGUUAUCGUUCAAGUGCACUAUGCACAAUAUUUCGACUGUGGAUACUUAUGAUGAUAUUCGAGCUUAUGUGGAAGAUGCCAUAGUGAUAAUGAUUCCCAAGGGCGUUGCUUCACGUCAAAGGAUUGUUGACAAGGUAAUGAUGAAAGCUUCCGGGAAUUUUUUGUGGGUGGCUUUGGCUACCAAGGACCUCGAGGAAAAGUGGCACCUGCGAAGCGAUAUUGAUCUCACGCUUAGCGGGUUUCCGAAUGAGAUGACUGAUCUCUACUCGCAUAUGAUAAAGAAGAUCGAGAAACAGCCGCAGAGAGUGAUGGCAACAACCUUUCUCACUUGGGCAACAUACUCCUUCAGACCGCUCCAUAUCCCAGAAUUGAAGCAGGCGCUUCAACCCCAGUUUCCUGAUUUGACUAGCUUGGAGGACACUAUCAGUCAUAUCUGUGGCGACUUCGUACAGAUACAAAGCUCGAGGGUGAGCUUAAUUCACGAGACAGCACGAUGGUUUCUGGUCAACCAUCAUACGAGCCCUUCGGUAUCGCUAGAACCGGCCGAAAGCCACAAGUAUAUCACAAAAGUCUGUCUGAAAUAUCUCUCAUCCAACAAAGAGCGACAGUGGCGACAAAUUCUCAAUAUUGCAGAGAUACGACGAGCUAAAGUUGCUUCACCUGACAAUUCGUCCAAUUUACUCUAUGAAACGGAACCUUUCCUAUCAUAUGCAGCCACGUUCUGGGCCUAUCAUCUCAGUCUUGCAGGAACAGACUCUAAAGAGUUCCGCGCAAUUAUUUGCGAGUUUUUCGACAAUGAUGCUCUGACAUGGAUCAAUACACUGGCACUACUGGGCGAUCUGAAAUCUCUCAUGAAGGCUGCCCAGUAUCUCAAAACCUUCGUUAAAGCCAGUGGGAAGACUCAAUCCGAGAGGAAGCAACGCGAAAUCCCAGGCGAUGAUAUCGAAUUCCUAAGGCUUUGGACGUUGGACUUAAUCAAGAUUGUCGGCAAAUUCGGGAGUAACCUUAUCCAACACCCGUCUUCAAUAUACAAGCUGAUUCCGCCGUUCUGUCCUGCCAAUUCUGUCAUUCAAAGGUCACUGAGAUAUGGUCAUGGUGGUUUGUCUGUGGUGGGAGUAUCGUUUCCGGACUGGGAUGAUUGCCAUGCCCGGCUUUCAGUCGGCACAGACGAGUCAGGUUCGAAGGUCUUCGCCACCAGCGAAAUCUUCGCAGCCUUGGUACCGCAGGCUAAAUGCCUAGUUGUUUGGCACGCGGAAACUUACGAAGAGUUACGGAGGAUAAAUCACGGGGAGUAUGUCACCGAAGUUGCUGUCAAUAGGAAAGGAGACCUUGUAUGCACCUCAGGUUUGAGCAGCAUCAAGAUAUGGGAGGUUAGCGCCGGGAAGGAGCUUGCCACCAUUAAGAAACAUAGCGAUGAUCGAGUGCUUGCAGUUGAAUUUGGUAUCUCAGACGACCAUAUUGUGAUUGGUUAUCAAGACCAGCUGAUAGCUUGCCACAACUGGCGGCUAGGAGCCCUGGUAUACGCUUUCCGUACCAUUUUGAAGGGAGACGAAAACGGUAAUCAGGGUUUACGGUGUGUGAGCUUCAGUCCCGAUAGAACGCAGGUGGCAGUUGGGUCACGAGCUCGUCCGGUAGAACUCUGGGACCUGAACACGAUGUCUCGCACUCACAGAUGCGUCAAGAAAGACGAGAUAUCUCAUUCAGAACAAGAAGUCUUUCUUCAGCCCGAAGUCAUCCAGUGGCAUCCAGACUCCGGCAAUCUCUACAUUCUCUACCACAACACGACGUUGAUCAGUUGGAACCCUGUCUACGAUGAGCAAACGGAACAUAAUAUUGGUGCCAAAGGGAUGGUAAACAGCCCCUGUGGAAAUUACCUCCUCACAAGUGACCACGACGGCUCGGUGAGAGUCUUCACUGUUCCGGAUUACUCUCGCGGUCGUGCUACAGAUUUUCAUGCCAUUUAUUACCUAAAGAACCAUGGGUAUGUGUGUGAUCUUGCUUUCAGUCCAGAUGGGCGACGAUUCUAUGAUCUUCGCGGAUCCGUUUGUAGCGUUUGGGAACCCGAAGCUCUUGUCCCAGCCGAAAAGCCUGACGCAGAAGAUGACCGAAACUCGUCCAGUAGCAGCUUUUGGGACAGCGAAACUGUGAAAGAUUCAGCUACGUCGCAUGUUCGUGCCAGUAUCACCGCCAUCGCCUGUGCGCCAAAGGACGUGGGCUUUUGUUGCGGGUGUGACGACGGUAUCAUCACUGUUCAUGACUUUGCAACCGGUAAAAAGAUUCGCGCUCUUCCAGGCCACGCCUCUGAGAUGGCGAUCAUAGGUCUUACAUGGUCAUCAUCUGGUAGGUAUAUUGCCUCCGGGGACGAUUCUGGCCAUGUACUGGUUAGGCAAGUCAAGAUGCCUGUUUCUGAAGAUGCGAAGAUGACGGUCUACAAGCCCUCAGACUUGAGAAUAAGAAACGAUGGCAUCAAUCAACUCCUGUUUAGUUCGAAUGACCAAUACCUCCUUGUCUCGACAUUUUCUGCAGACACAGUAUGGGAUGUAUCUGCCAAACGAAUAUGUCAUACGAGAACGCACCCAUCACCACGCCAUCUCAAGUGGAUCGAACAUCCCAAGGACCCAAAGCAACUCGUAUCUAUCGAUGCCGGCGAAGUUCACAUAUUCCACUGGGUUGACUUCGCUAAUUUAACAUCUAAUGGCAGCCUACGCCUGAUGCGCAUCAAUCCAGAUAACAAUCCCAGCGGGAAACGCAAACUCCCCAUCGAACGCCCAUUCGACGAGCUCGCACUCCAAAGAUCAUACACCGACACCCCCCAGAUUGUAAACUGCGUCACCUCAACUAAGGACGCCAAAUCCAUUAUCCUCGAAACUCUACCCAGCUUCGGCCACGACAGAGACCGCAACAAGCACCGCCGCAUCGAGCUGAUCUCGACCUCCGAUCUCAAAAUCGCCACUCCACCUUCUCCCGGCCCUGAUCGCGUAAUCCUACUCGACAACAGCAUCCAAGAUCUCGCGCGUGAAGUGUCAAAGCUCGUAGGCAGCUAUCAGAAUCAGGUGGUGUUUUUCAACCAUCAGCAUUGGCUGUGCACGUGGGAGAUUGGCACGAGCGUCGGGAACUACAAGAGGCAUUUCUUUUUGCCGAAGGACUGGGUGGGCAACGAAGCUUUGGCACUUGUGGCGUUGAGUGAGGGUGGCACGGUCUUGUGUCCUAAGAAUGAAGAGGUGGCGAUGAUUAAAAAUGGGAUUAAAUUUUGAAAUGGAGGGUGGGAUUGGCGUCACGGCCGGCGUUCAAGACUGAAUCUUAUUUAGAAUGUAGUUUUAUGCCUCUCUUUUUCGAAAACUCAAGGUAAAUGAGCUAGAAGAUACAGAGGAAGAGUGAGAUCGGUGACUUCUUUAAUAGAGGGCAAGGGGUCGGAGGAGGUGUUGGGUAGAAUCGAAGUAUUUGAUAGAUCGGCUGGGAGAUAAAUUUACGGCCGAGACUGCAAAUUUCAGGUACUUUUGACCUCGCCCUGCUGUUAAGAUUACGACGGAAAUGGAAGAUGAUUAGACGGAAUAAACGAUAUUGGUAAUGAAGCUUCUUAGGCUAAGUUCUUGGGAUGGAAGUUUUACACUGAUC